AUGGCGUCCAACUCCGUAAGGCUGCCGCACGCACCCACACACCACCACCCCCUUCUGCCUCCCCUUUCAACCAUACUAACCACGAGAAAAUAAUCACAGCCCAUCCCCACCACCCGCCUCCGCCAGAUCUGCAACGACGCCUGCGACGCCGCAAUCUCCAGCACCACCGUCUACGAACACUCCCAAACCCAAGCCUGGAACAACACCAUCAUCAACAACAUCCUCAAGUCGCUCCUUUCCGAAUCCACCCCUUCUGCCUCCUCCUCCUCCCCCACCUCCUCGGAGCCCAAAUACAAAUUCAUCGUCAACACCACCAUAAUACAACACCUCAGCGAUCCCAAAGGCGGCACCGCAACGGACGAGGAGGGCAAGAAGGUCGGGCGGAGGGGCAUGCAUUCUGCCAGUGGGGCGUACUGGAACAAUGAGAAGGAUGGCAUGUGGAGCUACAAGUACGAGGGCGGGGAGAAGAAGGGGAUGGAUAUUGUUGUUAGUGUGCUUUGGGUUGCGGUUUAG